CCUUCGUUAGUCAGCGCUAAUCUUUUUUUUCAUGGCGUAACUGUGUGAUCUGUUCCUCCCGUAUACGGACUGUAUACGCUAUACGUGCUGUGCAGCAAAUUGUCAAUCCCUUUAUUGUUCCUCCUCGGUUACGGUUGGCUGAGGGAGGAGCUCGCGGGACCGGCUGGCUGUCACGCGGGGGGUGUUCAUCUGACAGUCUGGUAUUCUCCUCCGUGCUGCUCAGGUGCAAGGAAACAAGGUGGUUAACGUAUUGCAGGAUGAAUCAGUGCCAAGAAACCGGUCAAACGGAGACCCAGGAGGAGCUGACGGAACUGGUGUGUCAGGAGGCUGAUCUCAAAGAUGGACAAAUGAAAGAAGUAACUGUGGGGGAUCAGAAGGUGCUGCUAGUCCGCAGCGAGGGUCAGUACAGCGCUGUUGGAGGCACGUGCUCUCAUUACGGUGCACCUCUGAUCAAGGGGACACUGGUUGGUGACAGAGUGAGAUGUCCUUUUCAUGGUGCGUGCUUCAAUGUCAGGAAUGGAGAUAUUGAGGAUUAUCCAGGUCUGGACAGUCUGCCCUGCUACAAGGUGAAAUGGCACUUAUCACAA